UGUAUUAGUAUGGUGGGGGAACUUUUGUUGGAAUCGGCUAUCUCGAAUGAAGCCAGUUUCCGGACAAGAGGCGGAGCUUAGUGCAAAAGUCGAAAUUCCUAACAGCCAAUUGCAGGGCUGGUCACGUAUUGUCGGUGCCCUCUAUGAACCAAAAUACUAACUUCUUUCAUAAUUUAGGAAUUUCGGUUCUCGUUCGUUCGAAUACGGCCAUUACGUAUGAAUGCGAUGUAACCGUUUCAUUGAUGUGUGAUUUGAAAGUUAUCUAAAAAUGGUGAAACGGUGUUUCAUAGAAGAUUGUUGUACUGGCAGAGACCAAGAAAAUGGUCCAGCUAUAUUCUUUACAAUUCCAAAACAUCGUCUAGAGGAAUGGAGAGUGAUUCUUCCAAAAAUGGGGCUUUUGGCCUCGUCACGCUUGUGCUGGCGUCAUUUUGAUGAAGAUGACAUCUUGAAGGGUAAAUUUAUUUUAGGCCAAUUUCAUCCACAACAACGAUGACGACUGAAAGAUGGAGCUGCACCAAAGCAUCUUUUAGGGCCUACAAGACAACAGAACAACAGACGCCCAGCAUUGGAAGAUUUGCCUCUAAAUGGUCCUGUGAAGAAGAAGAAACUGCAGCCAAGAUGCAAAACAAUUACGUCAAUUUUGGGGACACCUAUUUCCAGCAUUGUUCAAAAUCAGUUAACUACUAUUCACCACACAGAUCAUAGGAACAGUUCCCAACCUACAACUAAAUUGCUUUGCACAAAUGCUCUCUCAGAUUUUGGUUCCAGCCAUGUGAUGUUUGAAGACGACACUCUGAUGGGUUAUGCUCCUGUGCCAAUAACUACUGUUCUAACAGAUCCUGGGCCAAGCCAAGCCACUGUUGAAGACGACACUCUGAUUGAUUCAGUUCCUGUGCCUGUCACUUCUGCCCUUCCUGAUCCUGGGUCAAGCCAAGCCACUGUUGAGGAUGACACUAUCAUGGUUUCAGUUCCUGUGCCUGUCACUUAUGCUCUUCCUGAUCCUGGGUCAAGCCAAGCGAUUGUUGAAGACGACACUCUGAUUGAUUCAGUUCCUGUGCCUGUCACUCUGAUUGAUUCAGUUCCUGUGCCUGUCAGUUCUACUCUUCCUGGUAUUUCAAAACACUAUACAGUGUCUCAAACUGUUGUUAUAUUUUAUGUUAGUAGUUGUUAUAAGUUUCAAACUCGGAACUACAGCGCAUGUAAAUACAAAGUAAUCUCAAUUAAAUUUCUUUUCUAA